AUGUCGCUCGACCUGGAUUGGAGUCUUUUGGACGAGCAACUCUCCGAUCGAUUUCUCGAGACCAUCAAUCGCGCCCUCGACAACUCCUCCACCAAACGACCAUCAUUCCUGGGUGAUAUCCGCUUCGAAAACCUCCAGUUCGGCUCGGAUCCACCGGACGUAGCCAUACGGUCGAUUACAGAUAUCUGGCCCGACUUUGUUUCGAUUGACGACCCGCCCGUGCGUCGGCGUGGAGCACGACAGGCAACACCGGCAAGCAAUGCGACGACGCUGGUCGAGUCGCCCACCGAGACGUUUGCGCCUCAACUUCAAGCGGAGCUGCCGUUGAGAACGUAUACGCAAUUUGACGAUGCGGCACCGCCGAAUCGGAUCCACGGCCCGCCGAGCGUUGUUUCGGCGAGCGUAGCGGGGAGUAUGCCUGCGACACCGGCUGCAGGACUGGGAGGUACCGGAGGGUACUAUCAGCAGUGGUCGGCAGCUCUCGCGUCGAGAGGGAUUCGAGCGGCAGGGCUAGGAGGAGCAACGCCUUCGUUGCCGCAAGCACAAGUGACGAGCCCGGUCGACUCGGUACCUCCCUCUCCUGGUUACUUCCAACUGUGGCAGCACCACCAGCAGCAGCAUCCGCUUGCAGGACCUGCGUCCGGGUACCUAGCAAAUGCUUCGAGACAGACGAGCUUCGACGCCUCGUCCUUCCGUGGCGGUGGUGGCCCAGGCCCUCAAAGCAGCGUCAGCCAGAUCGGUGUCAAACGCGACAGCAACAGCUUACACCCGCCUUAUGGCUUCAACGGUCGAUCUGCAUUCCGUGGUACACCAGCAGCAUCCUCGCGCUCGCCUUCGGGCCAGAUCUCGCCGGGCGAGGAACGCGAAGUCGCACCACCCUCGCCUUCGUCGUCGUCCUCGCAACUGCCCUCGUUGCAGAUGCGACUCUCGCUCGUCUGGCCAACGACGACGUUCCGACUGACCAUCACCACGAGCUUGCUGAUCAACUAUCCGAGCCCAGCAUUCAUGUCGCUGCCACUGACGCUUUCGGUGACAGGAUUCGUCAUGCGGGCCGGCCUCAUCGUUGCACUGGAGGGUGAGCAUCAGCGUGCACAUGUCUGCCUUGUGGAGGAAGAGGACGACGAAGAAGAUGCUCAGCAAGAGUCGACCGCAGCACCGGCAGGAGUGGCAGGCACAGGAGGGAAGAACAUCAACAGUCCAGGAAUGAACAUCCUGCCUCAAGUGACAUUCGAAAGCGAAGUGGGCGAGCACGAAAAGCAUGUUUUGAAGAACGUCGGCAAGGUCGAGAAGUUCAUCACCGAGGUGAUACGCAAAGGGUUGCAGGAUGAGCUGGUGUAUCCGAACUACUAUACGAUUGACCUGCCUAACUCGAAAGGGAGGAGCGCCUAA